AUGGGCAAGCUACUAUCUCUCGGCGCAAGGCUGCGCUACCCGAUUACCAUCACAAAAAUACUCAAGAAACCCGGCGAUGCUGUCGCAAAACAAGAGAGCGUCCUGGAGUACUCGUUCAAAUGGAUGCGCGAGGUCGGCGACCCCAUCGCCGGCAACACCUGGCAGGAGGAGGAGACGACCGUCGUCGGCUGGGACAGCCCUGCUGAAGGCACCAUCAAGGAGUGGCGUCUGAAGGAAGGCAUGACCUUCACGCGAGACGCGCCUUGCAUGGUUGUCGAGGAGGCAUGCUCCCACGAGAUCCAGUUCCAAGGUCUCUGCGCCAUCUGCGGCAAGGACAUGACGGAAGUCAACUGGGCCAGCGACCAACGCGAUACCCAGCGCGCCACCAUCAACAUGACACACGACCAGACCGGACUCAUGGUCAGCGGCGACCUGGCCGCCCGCGCCGAGCACGACACCCAGAAGCGUCUCCUCCGCCAGCGCAAACUGAGCCUCGUCGUCGAUCUCGACCAGACCAUCAUCCACGCCUGUAUCGAACCCACAGUCGGCGAGUGGAUGGAAGACCCGACAAAUCCCAACUACGAGGCCGUCAAGGACGUGAAGAAGUUCCAACUGAACGAUGAAGGCCCGAGAGGGGUGGUCACAUCCGGCUGCUGGUACUACAUCAAGAUGCGACCCGGUCUGAAGGAGUUCCUGGAGAAGAUCGCGGAGCUGUACGAGCUUCACGUCUACACCAUGGGAACACGCGCAUACGCGAUGAACAUCGCACAGAUUGUCGAUCCCGACAGGAAGCUGUUCGGCAACCGCGUAAUCAGUCGUGAUGAGAACGGCAGCAUGAUUUCCAAGAGUCUGCAGCGGUUGUUCCCUGUCAACACCAACAUGGUCGUCAUCAUCGAUGACAGAGCCGACGUGUGGCCACGCAACCGACCCAAUCUUAUCAAGGUCGUUCCGUACGACUUCUUCAGAGGCAUCGGCGACAUUAACUCAAGUUUCCUUCCGAAGCGUCAAGACAUCCUCCCUGCGUCGCCCGCCCCCGAAACCAAGCCGGCACCUGCACCCAUCGCGCCCGCACCGCCUCCAGCAGCUGUUCCCAAACCAGAGCCGAAGACCAACGGCAAGGUGUCUGCCAUUGACGAGCUCGUCAACAUGAGCAGCGGCGAGGACAAGGCUCUGCAGGAAGCUCAGACGCAGCAGCAGGAGAAGUCCUUGGAGCAACAGAUCAAGGAACGACCCCUGCUCCAUAUGCAAGAGCAACUCGACAAGGAGGACGAAGAGAAGGAGAAGGCUACACAGGAAACCGAAGACGGCGCGCAAAUCAUGACAGUGCAGCACCGACAGCAAGUCCUCCGUGACGACGACGCGGAACUGAUUUAUCUGCAAGAACACCUUACGCGUUUACACGAGAAGUUCUACCAGGAGUAUGACGAGAAACGCGCGGCUGCGCCUCAGCAGUCGGCGCCCAAGAAGAAGACCGAGGAGGUCAUCAAUCUCUCUGCCGUUCCGGACGUCGGCUUCGUAUUGGACACAAUGAAGGCGGCAACACUAGCGGGCACCACGAUCGUCUUGUCCGGCUUGGUUCCUCUUGGUGUCGAUGUCUUACAGUCUGAGAUCGGCAUCCAAGCGAUGAGCUUCGGCGCACAGAUCCAGACAAAGGUGUCGAAGAAGGUGACACAUCUGGUCAUCUCGACAUCACGGCCGCGGACACAGAAAGUUCGGCAAGCCGCCAAGAUCAGUACCAUCAAGAUUGUUAGCCAAAAUUGGCUGAGUGACUGCCUGAGCCAAUGGCAACAUCUCGACGAGGCGCCAUACCUUGUCGAGGUCCACCCCGCAGACCGACGGCAGAUGGCCCUUUCAGAAACGACAGACGCAGAGACAGUAUCCGACGUCGACGGCGAUGACCAGUCGAGGCCGUCCUUAACCAUUAUUGACGAGACGGGCGAACAGCGCGUGCUUGAGGAAGAUGAGGACGCGUCGGACGAGGAUGACGGCGACCAAGACGGAGAUGAAGAGAAUGUGAUGCCCGAGUUUGAAGAUGGCCAGCUCAGCCCGAUCGACGGCCUCAAGAGUUUCGACUGGGAAGGUGUCGACGAUGAAAUGAAGGAGUUCCUCGGCAGCGAUGACGACAGCUCAGACGCGGAAACGGACAGCCGAAGUGGAGAUACGGAAUCUGGCGACGAACUGCCCUCAUCUCAGCAAUCGAACAGCUCUGCCACUGGCUUGAAGAGAAAGGCCGUGGACGACGACAACGCUUCGGAUGAAGGAGGCAGUGCGCUGUCAAAGAAGCAACGAGUGGCCAAGAGCCGUGGAGCCUCAAAGCUGAGCUCGGUCAGGACACCAAACGCCGACGACAACGAGUCGAGUAGCCUUCCUACGCCUCAAGUUACGGGCGACGAGGAGGAUGCAUCGCUUCUGCCCGACGGCGCCGUCAACCUCGACAACGGCGCCGACUUUGAUGAGGACGAUCUCGAGGCGGAUCUGGAGGCCGAGUUGCUGGCUGCUGGAGAUGAUUAA